AUGGGAUUCGAGAUCAAGAAGCCAGAAGCCUUGGAGCUUAUGGCGAGGUAUGAUCGCGAGGAGACGGGCUACAUCGCUUUCGAUGCCUUCGAGGAGAUUAUGAUCCAACGUUACGCAGCCCAAGAUCCCAUGGAUGAGAUCCGCAAGGCCUUCGAAUUGUUUGACGAAGACAAGCGUGGCAAGAUUUCCUUCAGGAAUUUGAAGCGGAUCGCGCGGGAUUUGGGAGAAAAACUGACAGAUGAAGAGCUACGGGGCAUGAUCGAUGAUGCUGGGCGCACUGGAUUUGGGUCUGAGAAUGGGAGAUUUACCGUAGCAAUUUUUGGCUAUUUAAUGUUGACAGUUAUGGUUAACCAGUUACUGUAUCAUACUAAUAACACUAUAUAUACAUAUAAUAUCAUAUAUAUACACAUAAUAUCAUAUGUAAUGUCAACCCCGGAUUUUGCUAAACCACGGUUUAUGAAAAUUAGGGGGUACUCCUCCAAUAGUCAUAAUCUGAUACUUAAAUGGUACCCUCCCAAUUGA